UCGUAGGGGUGGUCAGUCUGUGUAAGUCUGUCGAGGUGAAUAGAAGUGUCCUACUAUUUGUGGGAGACAUCUGUAGCCAAGAGAGAGAGAAAGAGAUAGAAAAAGGGAGAAAUCCUUAAGGGGAAGAUUUUCUGUUUUAUAUUCCGAAUUUUUGGAGAAUCUGCCGAAUUAAAUAUUCGAUCUAAAUCGCUCAUUUGCUGGAUAAAGUUCCACUGAGCGCGGUAUUUUCGGUAAAUUGCUGAGUGAAUUGUGCUGAGUGGUUUCUUGUUUUGGAAUAAAUAUUCCGCGGCAAAGUGACAGCUUGAGAGAAUAAAAUUUCCGAACCGUGUGCGUGAGAAUAGGAGAGAAUUAUUGGGCUAUUUGCCAGUUAAAGUGAGAUAGUCAGCUAAUUGAUAAAGAUACGUGAGAGCGAGAUAGAGAUUUUAUUGAUUAUAGUGACGAAAUAUUCCCAAGAAGAGUCUGCAGUGAGUGACAGAGAGAAAUGAUAGUGGGAAUUGUAAAGUAAAUGGGUAGUAUUUUGCUGUAAUAAAAAAAAACUGCAUUGAUCGGUCAUUUAUUAAUUUUUUAUCGAUAGUGUGUGCGGUGUUUAUUUUAGUUUUUCAUUUAAAAAAUUUCUGUUUCCCUUUGAAAAAUAAACCUCUUCAUGGGAUAAUGGCGGCUAAGUGUUGCGGAAAUUUCAAGAGCCGUCAUCGUAAAGGUGUAGGAAGCACUGGAGUGGCCUCCAGAAGUGUCACAAUCCACCGUUCAAGAGGUAGCCAUUGUCACAUGGUGGAUGAACUGCACAUGAGGCCAUCGAGGCGAAAUAACUCAAAGCCACCCCUUGCGGUGGCCCAUACUUCGAUGCUUGGACCAAAAGGUGGUGCUUGUGGUGGUAGAUGGAACAGGUGUGUGGCCAAAGUGACUCUCUGUGGAAUUCUGUGUCUCAUGGCGACAAUGGAGACGUGCCUGGCAGCCAGACAAGAAGCUGUGUCCAAUUGCACAUUUCCCCAGCGAUGGGAAGGAUCAUGGUUUCAAUCUGGAUUACAGCCAAUUUAUAUUAAGGGCUCCAUAUUGAGCUUUAGGGGCAAGUGUGUUGCAUCAGAUGGUGACAAAUUUUUAAUGGUGGACGAUAAGGGAUGCCAUCGCUGUGUUGUGAUCUACGAAAAGCACAAGAAUGUUCUACAGUACAAAGAAAGUGAGUGCGAAGAUUUGUACAUGGAUCAACCGAUACAGGAACCGCGUAGCGUAUUAAAAAGUGAUCGUAGGGGGGGAGCUCAUCCCAACACGAACGGGCACUCAAGAUUAUCAUCAUCGGAUCACUAUUUAUUGCGAUCCCAUGACGAUAUUGAUAAUUGUCCCCCAGGCUAUUGCAGAGGUCGUGAGACCUUGCAGAAUCUCUGUGAGCAAAUUCCCGGCGAUGCCCUCCUCUUUAGUAUGUUCAAGGAGAACGCUGAGCCUGUCAAGUGUCCCCUUAAAGGACCUUUUACAUUCACCUACAAUCGAGGCCAUGGCGAAUGCAAAAGCCCGGUUUCCAACAUCGAAAGCUGCACUGAGGACAGUCGCCUCUUGCUGAGCUUUCAGGCUUGCCCGGAUGUGGCGGGUACAGAGAGCACAGUGGAGGAAUUAACUUGUUUGGCUACGUGGAAAGAUGGUAAUUCGAGGUAUUUGGUCGGAUUAGUAUCCCACCACCAUGCUACGUCCAACGAGGAGAGAUAUCGGUGCUUUGUGUACGAGAAAACUCCCACGGGAAUGGGGCUGUCGUCGAAGGAUGCAGCUUACAAAUUGGCUCAGUCUGGAGAUGCCACAUGCAAUGGUCUCGACAGUGCUGAGGUGGGUUCUCGAAUAAUGACGCUGAGAAAGGCACCACCAGCAGAACGAUGUGAUUUUCCAGCAUGGUUCAAAGGACCUAAGCAUUGGCACGCACUUCAGGGAAAUGUUGGUUACACAUUUCAUCAAAGUGAUGGAUCAAUGCACAUUACACGGCAGAGUGGAGCAAUGGAGACUCGGGCUCUAUGUGAGCAAAUUAACAAACAAACCCCAACGGAAAUGAUGGCUGUGGUGCACUACACAACAGGCUGCCAAUCGGGAUUUAUGUGCAUGAUGUUCUAUCGACGAGACACUCACGUUGCCGAGAUACAAAUGGGUUCUGCGGCAUCUAGAGUGGAGGAUGCUUGUGCUCCAGAUCACUUUGACAUCAACAAAUUGCCCUACAUCACACUUUUAGCCAUCAAUCCCGAAUCGGAGAUAUGUCCUCUGGAGGGUUUGUACCCCAUCCGGGGAGCCAUUGGACCACCCUACGUUGCGUCACGUCAUAAAAGGAAUCACAGCAACAACAACAACAAAGGACACAUCCACGGAGGACAUCACCAUGAGAUCAAUUCUCAUCGAAGACACGGAUCUCUGAGCUUCCGCAAUUCUGAAGAAAUUAAUGAUGGUGGAUCAUGGCAUCGUCAAACUCGCGGAAUCGCCACAAGGGAACGGCGUAGUGUUCAACCUGUGUCUGACACUGCAAUUGGACCAGGUCGUUCCCGAAGAGAUAUCCCAACGUGCGUGACCAACUACAAUUCGGUUCGUCGUCUGUUAAUUGGAUGCCGUCAGACAAAUAUCAUUGAAGUGCAUCCGACGUGCAGCGAAGACGGUGACGAGAUGUAUUCAUGUCAUGGGAAUUGGACGGACAACUCAACAGUUUUCAUCGUGGCAAGGCAUGUGGGUACAUCUCAUGGAGUCUGCAUCACGUAUAGGCCCGCAGAUGGUAACACGGCCCAACUCUACGUAGGUGAAUCCUGUUACAGAAGUGGCAUCAUUCCUGCAAUCGGAACGAGCCUAGACCAUCAUCUGGUGGCCAAUUUAACUGUUCACGACAAAUCUUCAUUGAUGGACUUGGAGGCCAAAUGCUCCGACACCAAUUCAUCGAGUUUACCAACAAAUCACUGGAUCCUAAUCUGGACCAUUGCGACUGUGUCAAUUCUAGCUGUUUACUCUCGAAGAUGACUCCAUCACAUUAAUCCUUAGAGACUCCUCCUGGACACGAAGGAGUCAGGCAAGUUCCCCUAAAUAUGUGUGGUGUAAAUAUUUUAUAUAAAAAAAGGAUAAUGAUCUACAGAGAUACUAUUAUUGAAUUAAUCAACCACUAUAUUUGAAUUUCGAGAGGAAUAAUGAUUUAAUUAAAUGGUAAAAAAAGCGAUAUGAUAUCGAGGUGAUACUAGAUUAUUUUUGCUAACUGUACAGAUCAUGUAAGAAAGAUUAAUGAAAAAGAAAUAAUAGAGAAAAAAAUUGAUUUUUUAAUAGUUACAACAAUAAAUUGAAGAAAUUUAACUAUUAAAUGGGUGUAUAAAAAAAAGAAACGAUGUGAAAUAUAACUAAAACAAAAAUAUUCUCUUUCACCUUUUACCUUUAAAUUUAUCAUUUAAUUAUUUUUCCAUCAUUUUCACGCGAUUUUAGUGCAAAAAAAGGACAAGGAAUUUCCAGCCAUUUUGCCAUAUUUUUUUCCACGCACGGUCGAGAGAAAAUUUUCUUGAAAGACAAUUUAAUGGAAAUGUGAUGUUUGUAAAUAAAAUAAAUUAGUGAGUUUGCGGAAUUUGAGAUUGAAAUGGAAAACAAGCCGUGAAUUUUUUUUUUGGCAAAAGAAGAUGAUGGAAAUAAAGUAGACAAAACAACUUGUUUAUGAAUUUUUAUGUAGAGCAAAAUAACUUUUUGCAAUUCUUAUUUUUUCAAAUAUAUUUUUUCUUUACUAUUCCGUUGAAAAAUAGCAAGAUAAACUCAGUCACUUGAAAGAGAAUUUGUAUACGGAAUAUCAUCAAUUAACACAAAUUUUUCUUUUUAAAUAUCUUUGAUUAAAAUUUUAUUUUCCUAUUUAUGAAAUAUAAAAAAAAAUGAAAAUUGUGGAUAGCCAACCACAAGAGAACAAACUGUCUAUUUAGAUAUUAAAAAAAAGAGAAGAAAUUAAAUAGAUAUGAUGGUGAAAGAAUAAAAUAUUAACCCAUACAGGAAUCUGUGAUUAAUAAGGUGUAAAGAGAAAAAUUUAAAAACUGACUUUAAAGACGAGAUUUAUUGAUUUUUAGAGAUUGAUAAAUAAAAAAACAAACGAAGAACAUUUUGAGUGGACAGAGGACGAUGUUUGGAUGAAAUUCUAAAAGAAAAAUCAUUUCGAUAAAAUUGUUGAAGAUAAAUUCAGGUAUUCACUGUGACUUUAUACUGAACUCCUUUCCAAUUGCAUUUAUUCUUCAACUGCUGAAUUAGUUUAUAUAAUUUAAUUCUCUAAGAAUUCUUAUUGAAAACUUUUAUUUCGAUGCAUUUCUUUCUAACUAACCAUUAAAAAAGUAUUCAGAAAUUCUUCAUUUUACUAAAAUUUUAUCUAAAAAAAUCCCAUUUGUUGAGUAAAGUUAGUUAUUGGAUUCUUGAGUAAGUUCUACUUUUAGGUAAUUUAGGCCACGCCCCCUGAAGGCAUUCAUCCGAAGUUGUAAUUUCAAACGCUGCCCAUUCCAAAUAUAAGACUCGCCCCAAAAACUGAAAAAAUUGUUCUUGAGAGAAAAUACUUCUCACAAUAACAUGCAUGGUCAUUAAAUAGGCAUGUCCUUAACUCUUUCCAAACUGUAACAUAUUCAUUGAGCAGAUUUCACAAUUAUUUGAUCAAAAAUAUCUUAGCUCAUAAAUUAAUUAGGUUCAUGCAAAAAUAUCCUAGACUUAGGCAUCUUUAUAGUUUGAUACACUAAGUCCCGGCAUUAUGCACUUCGGAAUUAUGCACCUGACGGAAUUAUGCACAUACAAUUAUGCAAAUUUGCCUACCAUUGGGAGUCAAUUUGUGAAAUCAUUUUUGAAAUACGCCUGAAUGUAUACUAUUUUGUGACACGGGAAAUUUGAAAACAGUAUGCUUCUUUUUCAGAAUAAAACUUUAAUUUCUUUUAUUAAGGUAAUUUUUUUUAAAUAUUCUGACCAUUUAAUGAAGAACUCUGGCCAAAAAAUACUAUUUGUUAAAGUAUUUCUAUUAAAUAGUUGAAUCUUUUUUGUUUGGACUACUUUUACUCCGGGCGAAAUUCGUUCCACAGCCGAUUUAUUCAAAAGAAAGUCCCUGCGGAUAUGCAAAUUUUCUCGAUGCGUAAUGCCAUUUCGUAUGUUUUUUUCGAUUUCGAAAAUGUGCUUAUUCCCGGGACUAAGUGUAUCAUCUGCGAGAAUCGAACUUUAAUCGAUUUCAAAUAAAUUUAAAAAUUGUUUUUCCCAGAACAUCUUUAAAUUUCUUUGGAGACCCAGUCACAAAAGAUGCUGUAGAGUUAUUCAAUUGUCUCUUUUGCAGAGUAUUAUUUCUCUACUUGUAUACUAAAAGUUGUGAACGAAAGUUCAACCCUUAAGAUCUCUACACAUUGGGACAGGGGCCUCUCGACAUUUCAUUUUUCCAUACGUUUUUGUAUAGAGGCACUGAAGACUAUUUGCAAGUUUUUUCCUAAAGAGAAUUGACUCAUCAGUCUGAUAUAUUUCGAAAUCGUGCAUUAAAAGCUAUCUAAAAAUACAUAUUUCAUUAUGUUCGCCAAAAUUAUACAAGAACUACGAGCAAAUUUGUUUAAGUCGCCGUGCAAUAGCUGCAAAUUUUUUAUAAGGAAAACUGAAAAUAGCUUCACUUUUUAUUAGGCUUAAUUGGCCCCUGUUGUAGCUCUGAGAGCUUUAUUUCUUACUAUAAAUAACUUUCUAAACUGGUUUCGAUGUUAUAAGCUAAAGAAAUUUACAUGAAAAAAAGAAACCACACCCCAUACUAAAGCAGUGACAGUUUGAAUGGGUGUAUAAGUGGUAAAUAUUCUCUUAAGCUUGCCACAUUGAAUAAUUUUUCUGGAUAAUGAACUAAAAAUUGCGAGCGUAAGUUCAAAUAGAUGUGGUUUAUAAGUAGGCGUGGCCUAUUUUUCUAUCCAUGAAACUUUGGGGCAUGGCAAAUUCAAAUGAAAAUGAGGAAAUGGAUUCAUCAGUAUGAUACAAUAUCCCAAUGUUUAUGAAUUCCAAAAUCCGAAUUAGUUGAACAUUGCUCUUGAAGGGGGAGUAGUCUAAAACUAUUUGUGGUUAACUAUAAACAAGGUGGGAGUUCGGUUUUUUUGUUUUGUUCUUCAAUUUAUCCUAGUUUCGAGUCGGGAUCUUUUUCAUGGCAUAAAAAAAUCUGAGAGAACAAUUAUCAAGCAAUUUUUAGUAGCACUACUCUUCACUAAUUCCCCUUUCAACACUUCCCACUUUUAACACGAACUUCCACCAUGACUUGCCUUAAAUAUUUGCCCAUUGUUCUUCAAGGGGCGUGUCCUAAACCUAUUUAUAGGCGGAGCUUAAUCAGGAUUUACAAUAACGAUUACAUCUGAAACAUAGGAUUUUUGAAAGCAUUUCUGGUAAAGUGAAGCAAAUCUGAGCUUUAUUCUUAAAUUUUACUCAUCUACAAAAAAAUCACAGUGAAUUAUUUAAGCAUUUCAAAUGAAGAAUAAAUCUAAGUUAUACAGUAAAAUAGAUUAAAACAAAAUUAAUGUAUAUAAAUGUUCUCUAUUGUCCAGUGCACAAUAACUUUAGUUUGUAAACAUGUUUUCAAAACUUCCUAUGAGAGUGAGGGAGAUCACUAGAUUUAGAUCUCUUGCAUUCUCACCGAAAUGUCAAAAACAAGUUUACAAAACAAAAGUUAUUCUGCGUUGGGCAUAUCUAUCAGCAAAAAUAAUUUCACACACUAAUGCCCAACGCACAAUAACUUUUGUUUAGUAAACAUGUUUUUGACAUUUCAAUGAGAGUGAGUGAGAGAUCCAGAUCUAGUCAUCUCCCUCACACUUAUAGAAAAUUUUGAAAACAUGUUUACAAACAAAAGUUAUUGUGCGUUGGGCAUAAAACUUAUUUUCAUUCUACUUUCAACGCAAAAUUCCUUCUUUUCACUAUUCUUUUCACCUUAAAAAAGAACUUUCAAUUUAAAGAAAAUUUCAUAAUAAGAACUAACUGAGGCAUCUAAAGCUGAGAAUUAAAUAGAAACUAAAGAUAAUUGUAACUAAAAUAGUAAUGUCGAAACCACAGACAUGUUCUUCACAAUUUAUGAAACAAAAGAAAAAAACUCAAAGAGGAAAACGCGAUAGAAAAUGAAGUCACAGACUCCAAUUUGUCUCACGAAAAAAAAAUGAGUGAGAAAUUCAUCAAGAAUUUUUGUAUUAAGUGUUAUCAAAUACGAUGUAAUUCAAUUUUUGUCUUGCCUUCGGAACAGAAACGAAUAUAGUGAGAGAUGGGGAGAGAGAAAGAAAUAUUAAAUUAUACCUUAUAAUACAUAUAAAAAAAAAUAUACUAUGAGAAUGGGAAAUGUGAAAAGUUGUAUAAAAAAAAGAAGAUAAAAUUAAAUCUACCAGAGUAUUUAAAUUUUUUUACCAAUUUUUUCCACAAUGAAAUGAAGAAAAUGGACACACAAAGAAAACACACCACAAAUUUUAAUCCAAUUUAUUAAAUACAUAGACCUCGAUAGAAGUUGAAAAAAAAAGUGGAUCAUGAUGAAAAUGUAAAUAGAAAUUACAGAUUAGAUGGAAGAGAAUCAACUCUUAUUUAUUCCUCCUGUAAUUUACAAUACAAAUUUUCAUUUAGCAAUUUUCUUUUGACUAUUUUCAAGGUUUAAGUGAUGUGAAUGAAAUGUGUAAAUAUCAUCAAUUAUAUUGAAAAUGCAACAAGUGUAUAAAAAAAUAACUGAAUAAUUGAGAGAAAGAAAAUGUGUAAACUAAAAUUGAAAAA